AGUAUAUGCAGAAGAGAUGGACCAACAUAAUACCACUUUCCAUCAUAAGACAAAUAAUAAUACAAAGACUAACACCGCUACUAAAGCGGAACGAAAACGUGAGCAAAAAAUGCGUGAAAAAGAGGCAGAAAUGUUUACUACUUGCAUUCAAGGACAGCACUACUGAAGAAGAAGAGGAAGAAGAGACUGAAAAGGCGGCCACUGGAGCUAAUACUGGUAAAACGGCUGCCAAUACGAUCUUUGGAAGGUUCAAGGUAACAGAAGAAAUUGAGAUCGGUAAAUUCGAAACAACCUCCAUGUCCCAGCAUGCUGAGAGUGACAACUUCAGCUUGGGAUCUGACGGACUUAAUCCCGAUACUACUCUGUCCAGUAAUAUCGGUGAGUUCAUACCUGUUGGAGAGAGGCUUGCCUCUCUCUACAAAGGUACACUAAUAUCCAGGGAAACUCAGAAUGGUAGAGGAGGAAGCAAAGGAUUGAGGUUCAAAUGUUCCAAUAACCAUGAGUUUACUAUCUCGUAUGGUAGGCUCGGAAAAGUUCCAACAACUCAUUUGACUCUCGAAGCUUGCAAAGACAUUUGGUGUGUUAAAUGUCAUAAUUUCUACUACAGAUGUAAAACUAAGGCUAAUCAGAACGGAGCUGUAGUAACGAGUAGCAUCUUUGAAGCAGGCCAUGUUAGGCUAAACUGUCGUAUGGGCCAUGAUUUCAAGAUUUCUAUUCAUAGAAAUCCAGACAAAGUAUGGUGUUCUCAUUGUAAAAAGAUGCAAAAAGAAGAAUUGCUCAGGCAAAAAGAAAUAGAACUUGAAAGGAAGAAACAGUUGUUCAAUGAACAGCAGAGAAGACUAUUUAAAGAAUCUAAAAACAAUUUUCAAGAGCAACAGAGCCACAUGAACCAGAAUCAAGCCACAAUUCAGGAUAUCCUCAGGCAAGUAGAGUUGAAAGCAAAGGCCGAGACUCAGAAGUUUAUGACAGAAAACAAAACUGAAUUGAAUGAAUCAAAAGUAUUUAAUGUUUACAAAACCAUUUACAUACCAAGUGAGAUCUUGCAGGCUUCUCUCCAGUCUUUGGGGGGACACCUCAAUUCUUGCUUCAGAAAGAUGGCUGUUUUGCUCCACCCAGACAAGAACAGUCAUCCGCUCUCUAACAGAGCAUUUCAAAAACUGUCUCAGGCAUACAUUUUUUGCCAAGAAAAGAGAUAGUUCUCCUUCAUAACCCAUUCAUGAGGGUCCCACAAUAUUCACCUUGUAAUA